AUCAUAAGAAAUGGAUGAUGGACAUCCAGAAAUUAAUAAAUGGAGUGUCUCAGAUAAAUUUACAGAAUAAAACUGUAAUGACCUGGCUAGAUCAUAAACGAACAAAUGUCCAGACAGGGUUGACUUUACGAAUUCCCGGUUUAUUAACCCAACUCAACACAGGCUACUGUUUGGCCGUAGCCCGCGCCAAAUAAAUCAAGGAUCACAGUAUAAAACAACUGUGACCAUCUCUUGUUAAGACAAAGCGUAAGAGCGAGAACAAUGGCUAAGCAUGGUCUUAAAUUUACGGUGCUCCACCCCCUGCCAAAUCCCCCCGGCCGUUCCACCAACCACAAGGAUGCCCGCAGCGGAACAUUCCAGGCAUUCCUGUGGUUGGCAGAUAGCAGGUUGACUGGCACGUCGGACCCAGUGAACACUAGGUACUGGUAAAUACAACACAACAAACGAACAGCAUAACUCAUAAUACACAGCUGUCUGUGCGGGUCGCUACAGUACGAAAUGCUCUGAGACCAUGUUGCAACAUCCUGUCACAUCCCACCAGAUCUUCCCGUCAGAUUUGGGAUUUGAACCUGACUCUACCCUAUAGGCUACCUACACUUUUUUGAGUGUUGACAGUCAGCAAGCAUAGCCUACCAUCAGAGACAGAUUUUGCUACCUACCCAAAUGUAAGGUGUUUGUUGGAAGUAACAAACUUGUUCAUGCUUGCGUUAAAUCAAAAUUGUAUUAUUAGAGAUUGAGAUAACAUAUUAUGUUAACACGUGUAUGUUGGGUAUAAUGAUUGGUUGACUCAUUUGGGGGAUCUAGAUGGAUCUAACCCCUGAACCACGCCUUUACAUGCGAUAGAUAUACUCCUCUUCGUUACUUUACCAUGAGGUGUCCACGCGGUCUUUCUGUGUGCUGAUUGGCAAGGAGGUGCACAAACAAUAUGUUUUACCAAUGAGAGGGCUGUACAUGCAGCAGUUCAGACGGUGCAUUCACCGAAAGCAUGCACAGUCCGGUAACGGGAUAGUGAGUAUGCGGCUGGCGAGACUGGGUUGGGAUGUCUACUCGCCAUCCAUAUAAAACCAAUGCGGGGACUUGCUGUUUACAGUCAGCUCCGAAUUGUACGGUUGAUGAUAAUAAGUAGCUAACACUGUGACAGCAUAGUGAUUGGAAUGCAAUCAAACUGUUGGACAUUUGUUCAUCAGUAGAAUUCAAUAGGCUUAACUAGCUAAUAAUAGCGGUCGGCUAUUUUCCACUUAUAUUUUCUUAACCACAGGGACACUGAACAAAUAUUAAAAUGGUCAUCAUUACAAAGAAAUUGAAGACCUUUGAGGUCGUUUUCCAUGAUCCUACUAAGGCUUUCUACUCCAGUGGUGAUAAGGUAGCCGGGAAUAUUGUGGUUGAGGUGUCCGAGGUGACCAAGGUGUCCGCUAUGAGAGUGUUUGGAAUUGGAUGCGCAAAAGUGGAGUACGCGAAAGGAAAGCACAGAUGCCGUGAAGACAUUGAAUAUCUGAAAUACGAAGAUACCGUUUAUCUGGACCACCAGCCUAGAGAUUCCAAUGGCUCGGUCACUCUCAGACCAGGGAACAGAUAUGAGUUCAUGUUUGGUUUUGAGCUGCCACAUCCUGGGCAACUGGUGUCGUCGUACAAGGGGAAGUUUGGCUGUGUACAGUAUUAUGUCAGGGCCGUGAUGGAGAGGCCUUCCCAGCCUGCCUUGCAGUGCGAGAAACACUUUGAGGUGGAGGAGCCCUUGGACGUCAACACCCCUGACCUCCUGGCUCCAGCUGCAGGUACGAAGGAGAAGAAGCUCACCUGCAUGUUCAUCCCAGAUGGACAUGUGUCCAUCAGUGCCAAGAUCGACCGCAAGGGCUUCUGCGAGGGCGAGGACAUCUGCAUCAAUGCCAAGUUUGAAAACACCUGCUCACGUAUCGUGGUGCCCAAGGCAGCCAUCAUGGUCAAGCACACCUACCAGGCCAAUGGCAGGACCAAGGUCCUGGGGCAGAAGCUCUCAGUCGUGAGGGGCAACCAUAUCAUCUCGGGCAUGUGUGACAUGUGGCAGAGCAAGACCAUCCGAGUGCCUAGGCUCAAGCCCUCACUCCUGGGGUGCGACAUCAUUCACGUGGACUAUGCCCUCAGGAUCUAUGUCCAUAUUCCCGGCAGUGACAAGGUGUUCCUAGAGUUGCCCCUGGUCAUCGGGAACAUCCCCUUCAAUGGCUUUGGCAGCCGCACCAACAGCAUGAGCAGCCAGGCAGAGUCCCUGAACACCCCCUUCAGUAGCUUUGGGUCGCUGCGCCUCCCGUCACAACCCCCCAGCUACAGCAACAUCUCCCGCGACUGCCGUAUCGACUCCCCCCUCACACCGCUGCUGGUCAACUACGACGCAGAUGAGGAUGAAGGACUGUUCAUGCGCGCCCCCGAGAUUUGGUACCCUCCUCCCCCUGCCUACUCCGAGGUCGAUGAGGAUCUCAAACAGCAAGGGCCAUGUUCUUCGGGUCUGCUGAACCACGAGUAAGAGUUGCAAUUAAUCCCCGUUGUAGUCUAAGCACUGGUGGUUAGCCUUAGUGAGAUCGGGGAACGGACUUGUGACUGGUUAAAGAGCAGCACAGCUGUGAAGCUGAAGACUCUUUCAUGGAACAGAACUGAGAUGUGGACUUGAGAGUCAAGUUGAAGUGAAAUUCAGGUUGAAUGAGUAUGGAUUGUAGAUGUUGGCGUCCACUCCACAUUCACUAUCACCAUUGCAGUCUUCAGAAACUGAUCGUUCUACAGUUGAAGUCGAAAGUUUACAUACACUUAGGUU